CAAACCUACAAAUACGUGUAUAUUACGACACUCGGUGUUUCCGUCUGUUUAUUUGGUUACAGUGGAGCUGUUUGAUUGUGACAAGCGCUUGGGCUUGAAUGCUGUGUCAUCGGCGCGAUGACGGAGGUACGUGACGAGUUCACGGGGGAGCCUGCCGAUCAAAAUAUUAGUGUCUACAUUAACUCCAAGAUGGAAGCAUUUUGCACCGACCUCAUAUUUCCUUUUGGUAUUCCAGCUAACGGCAUUAUUUCAGUGUUCGUCGGUGACUUUUCGGCUUUGGACCCACGAGAAGGCUAUGAGUGGACGGAAAGGGCUGAUAAUGUCAGUAAACAGAAACUGGUUGUGCUCUGUCGACCGUACCAGGCUUCCAUUGACGAGCCACUUCGCUGUUCCCAUUGUUCCAGCUUCACCACAUCGUCGGACGGGGUACUCACUCGGCACCUACAAAGCACGCACCCCGAGGCCAAGACGUUUCGUUGCACCAUGUGCUCGCUCCUGUUCCAG